AUGGAAGAGGACAAGGACGUCCCAUUGAUACUUGGCAGACCAUUUCUGGCAACAAGGAGAGCGUUAAUUGAUGUUCAAAGAGGUCAGUUGAUUUUAAGAUUGGGAGAGGAACAGAUAUCAUUCAAUGUAUUCAAGGCAAUGAAACUACCAGCAGAAUCUGACAGCUGUUAUCAAGUUGACAUUAUUGACAAAGCAGUACAAGAAACAUUCUUACUACACGGUCCAUCUGAUGCCUAUGAGGCAUGUAUUGCACAAUCCCAAUCAAUCCAGUCAGAGUCUUUUGAAGUUGAAACAUGUGCAAGGUUUUUGAAGACCAACCCGCCAUACACCCGAAAGAGGCACUUCGAGGAAUUGGGGACGGGAAACACAAAGCCACUACCUUCAGUUCAGCAGCCACCAGUUCUAGAACUCAAGCAAUUACCACCACAUCUCAGAUAUGCAUAUUUGGGGGAGUCCGAUACACUUCCAGUAAUCAUUUCAAAUACGGUCAGUGAGGUGGAGGAAGAAAAACUGCUCAGGGUACUCAGAGAAAACAAGACGGCGAUUGGGUGGACAAUAGCUGACAUUAAAGGAAUCAGCCCUUCUCUGUGCAUGCAUAAGAUUCUAAUGGAGGAAAAUUGCAAGCCAAGUAUAGAGGGUUAG